UGGUAGUUUUUGACUCUUUUAGCUUUACGUCUGCGGUGCUCAUACACAAGUGUGUUGUGUUGUUUUUUUCGCCUUUCCAGUGAGUGUUGUGCUUGGACUUCAUCCCUUAGUCAAUUUUUUGGCAGCUGCAAGCCAGUUCAUAAUUUCUUAUCUUGCAGAGUCACGCGGGUUGCAGCAUAAAAUAGUGGCGUUGUAGUGACCAGAGAAGGGCCAGUGGUGAACUUCAUGGCCAGAGGGCCAAAGACUAAUGUUCCCAGAGGGGUUUUUAUCUGCAGCACAGAUGCACACAACACUUUCACAAACGCUGCCUACCAAAACAUGACAGGAUGCUCCCAAGAGGAGUUGCUUGGUCUGAGAUGGGUCGAACACGUUCAUCCAGAAGAUCUUCAGGAAGUUUGGGAUCAAGCAAUCACACUGCGGGAGGGAGGAUUGAAUGUCGAGUUCAGGCUGAUACACAAAAAUGGUAGCUGGAGAUGGGUGAAUUGCCAAUCAGUGGACAUGCCAGGUUGUUUUGAGAACGAAAGCCAUGUAGGAAUCAUCGAAGACAUUACAUGGCGAAAGGAGGCUGAAGAAUCGUUAAGAUUGAGUGAGGAGCGCUUUGCUCUUGCUGUUCGUGGUUCUAACGAUGGCUUGUGGGAUUGGGACAUCAGAACCAACAAGGUGUUCUACUCAGCGCGUUGCAAGAACAUGCUUGGUAUCGAGCAGAGUUGUGAAAGUGCAGACACGCUUGAUGUGCUUAUAAACAGGCUUCAUUCAAGCUAUCGAGAUUGUGUCCAGACCGCGCUCAAAGACUAUUUAGCCGCUCACAAAACAGUUGGGUCCCCUUUUCACAUCGAGACACCGAUUAGAACGAGCCAAGACAAGUACUGCUGGUUUCGGUUGAGAGGUCAAGCGCUUUGGGAUGAACAAGGAAAUCCACUUCGAAUGGCUGGCUCAUUAAGUGACAUCACGGAAAGAAUCCGAUGGGAAGAGGAGCAGGAGAGGCUAAUAGCAAAUCUGGCCGAAGCUCGAGACAAGGCGGAAUCUGCUGCCAAAGCCAGAUCAGAAUUUUUAGCUGUGAUGAGCCACGAAAUCCGUACGCCGCUCAAUGGUGUGAUAGGGAUGGCCUCUGUUCUACUCGACACUGAUCCAACUCCGGAUCAGGAAGAAUGCCUGGAAACCAUUAGAACUUCCGGGGAGUGUUUACUUUCGAUAAUAAACGACAUUCUGGACUUCUCGAAAAUCGAUGCUGGGAAGCUGACAAUUGCGCCAGUCCCGUGCAACCUUCGCAGUCUUGUAGAAGAUGUUGGAAGCAUGUUGGCACUUCGUGUGGAACCCAAGGGGGUGGAGCUCGUAGUCCAUUAUGACUCUCCUUUCUUUGCCGUCUCAGUGGACACAAUACGAUUGCGUCAGGUUCUUAUAAACCUCAUCGGAAAUUCUUGUAAGUUCACGCACGCGGGACACAUUCUCGUUAAUGUGAGUUUGCUGUGUAAGAGUUGCCAGAAGCAACUCAAGGCCACGGAUUUCUGGGAAUGUCGGAGUUGCAGCAAGGAUGUUAACUCCUUUAAGGGACGUGAACUUGACAGCGAUGCAAAACAUGUCAAGCCGGUGGAAUACUUCAAGUUUUCAAUAUCUGAUUCUGGCAUCGGAAUCGCCGAGGACAAGCUGGGGCUGUUGUUUGAGAAGUUUUCUCAGUGUGAUCAGCUGACGAGCAGCAUGUAUGGUGGGACGGGCUUGGGCCUGGCCGUGUCAAAGAGCCUGGUCGACCUCAUGGGUGGUGAGAUUGUUGUGGAAAGUCGUGAAGGUGUUGGAUCGACUUUCUCUUUUAGUAUACCUUUGGAGAUUGAUGUUGUCUCUGAGAAGAACCGGCAUCAAGUUCCACUUCUUUAUAGUAGCAGAUUCCAAGCACGGCCUAGAAUUCUGGUCAUCGACAAUCACAAGAUCACCAGGCAAGUCAUGUGUGAGCAGAUUGAGAGCUGGGGGAUUGAAUGCCAGUGUUCCGGAGAUGUUGCCAGUGCGCUCAAACUGCUUGCGAAUCGAUUCCAUGUUGCUGUGGUUGAUAACGUCCUCGUCGAGACGUUUCAAAAGAAACUCCAGAUCAAAAGAAUCGCGGAGGAGUUUCCAGGCACGAAGUUUAUACUUCUCAAGCCCGUAGGACACCGGGUAAAUGCUCAAGAGGCGUAUGGAUUCAGCUGUACCCUCAGCAGGCCGCUGCGACAGUCGACGCUCAAAGAUGCACUCCUCAAGACCUUUAAUCUUCUCGGCUUUAAAAGCUUCGAAGAAGCCUCACGGCCUGCGUUGGCGAGCAGUAACAGAUCCAAGGCCGGGGACAAGGCUCAAACCAGAAGACACCCCAAAGUCCUUGUUGUCGAAGACAACAAGGUGAACCAAAUGGUGGCGAUCCGGCUGCUCAACAAUCUCGGCUGCACCGUCGACGUCGCUUGCAAUGGCCAGGAGGCAGUGUCGAUCGUGGACAAGCCAGUCGAGUAUGAUCUCAUCUUCAUGGACUGCCAUAUGCCGGUUCUCGAUGGCUUCCAGGCGUCUCGCUUGAUCCGAUCGAAGCAGAAGCUCACUCCAAUCGUCGCAUUGACGGCAGCCACCAUGGAAAGCGAGCUAGAAAAGUGUCUGGAGUGUGGCAUGGACGACUACGUACGGAAGCCCUGUACGAAACAGGAGCUCCAAAGAGUGCUCCACAAAUGGCUAGACUGGAAGGACGAGGUUUAAGAGUGAUUGGGUGGGUAUUUAUGCCAUGCAUUGCCUUAAAUUAGCGCCACAACGCAGAGGCGUCAUCCGGCCGUCCGCUGGCCAGUGGGGGGCCUCCAUCGUGGCCGUCGGUGGGCUCUAGUUUUAGUGGCCCGGUA